AUGAGUUCGCCUGAGGGGCCCCCCAACCUGGGUCUCCUGGACCAGUACUCCCAGGGGUUCAUGGUGUCCCAGGUGCUCUUUGCCGCCAGCGAGCUGGGAGUGUUCGACGUCCUCGCCGAGGCCCCGGGGCCGCUGGGCUCGGAUGCCGUGGCCGCACGUCUGGGCACCAGCGCCCGGGGGACAGAGAUGCUGUUGGACGUCUGCGUGUCCCUCAAGCUCCUUCAGACGGAGGUGAGGGGAGGAAAGGCGUUGUAUGACAACACCGAGCUCUCCAGCGACUACCUGGUCAGGUCCCGCCCCCGGUCCCAGCACAACAUGCUGCUGUACUUGGCCAGGACGACCUACCUGUGCUGGGCGCACCUGGCCCAGGCCGUGAGAGAAGGAAAGAACCAGUAUCUGAAGGCCUUUGGGGUCCCCUCAGACCAGCUCUUUACCGCCAUCUACAGGUCCGAGGGGGAGCGGCUGCUGUUCAUGCGGGCCCUGCAGGACGUCUGGAGCGUCCAGGGGAGCAGCGUGCUGUCUGCCUUCGACCUCUCACCCUUCCCUCUCAUCUGCGACCUCGGGGGCUGCUCUGGGGCUCUGGCCAAGGAGUGCGUGGCUCUGUACCCGGGCUGUCGGGUCACCGUUUUCGACAUCCCACCAGUGGUGCAGACGGCAAAGAGACACUUCCUGUCCCCCGAGGAAGGACGCGUCGGCUUCCAGGAAGGCGAUUUCUUCGAAGACCCCCUCCCGGAGGCCGACCUGUACAUCCUGGCCCGCGUCCUACACGACUGGACCGAUGAGAAAUGCUCUCAGCUGCUGGCGAGAAUCCAUCAGGCCUGCAAGCCGGGAGGAGGGGCCCUGGUCAUCGAGAGCCUCCUGGACGCCGACGGGCGGGGCCCGCUGACCACCCAGCUGUACUCGCUGAACAUGCUGGUGCAGACGGAGGGCCGGGAGCGGACGCCCGCCCAGUACCGGGCGCUCCUGGCCGCGGCCGGCUUCGCGGACGCCCAGUGCAGGAGGACCCCGGGGGCCACGUACGGCGCCAUCCUGGCCCGGAAGUAG